CCUGCCUGUGCGCGGCCGGCGGGCGGCCAUGCGGGGGGUGACAGGAGGGUGCCCGGCUCCGGGCCCAGGGCGGCCAUGGGGGGAUGGCGGCCGGUGGCCACGAGGCAAUGUGGCAGCGGGGCUGGUCCCAGCACGGCGAGGGACAGCGGGGCACUGCAGUGAGGAACCAAGAUGCUCCUUAAGGAGAGGAUCCACGCUCGGGCCGGGUGACGGAGCGCUGCGGACAAGAGUUCGCCGCUGAGCAGCAAGCCAUGCAGUAGGAGCCCAUGCUUCCCCCCGAGGAGUGACCCCAGUGUGUGCCACACAGCCCAGAGUGCUGCAGGACGAGACAGGACAUGCGCCGAAUCAGCUGCCUUCUUUCGGGACUCGCCAUCAUCCUCAGUGCCACCAGCACAGACAGUUUCACCCGGGUGGGCCGCAGGACCUGCGCUGCGGAGCCGCGGAGCCGCACAGCUGCCCGCACCGAGUCCCACGUGCAGCCCGUGUACCUGCCCUACCUCACCACCUGCCAGGGCCACCGCCUGUGCAGCACCUACAGGACCAUCUAUAAGGUUGCCUACCGGCAGGUGUACAAACAGGUACCUCAGCCUGUGGCCUCGUGCUGUCCUGGAUGGAGCAGAACCAGCAGCUACGAGAUCAGCUGCAACACAGCUCUGUGCCAGUUGCCAUGCCAGAAUGGCGGCCGCUGCACCUUCCCUGGAAGAUGUGCCUGCCCGCCCGGCUGGAUGGGGCCUUCCUGCCAGACAGAUGCAGAUGAAUGUGCCAGCCGGAGCCAUGGGUGCAGCCAGCUCUGCGUCAAUACAGCUGGGAGCUUCCAUUGUGCCUGCUGGGAUGGCUUUAGCCUCGCUGCUGAUAACAAGGCAUGCCAGCCCGUGGUGCCAGGCCCCGAGCCAGGAACCUUCAGCCAAGCAGAUCCCUCCAGUGAAAUGAAGGAAGAAAUGAAAGACCUGAAAAACAGAGUGGAAGCACUGGAGCAGAAACUCCAGUUGGUGCUGGCUCCCUUCCACAACCUCAUGCCAUCUGCACCAGAGGACGUUGGCACAGACCCCAUCAGCCGACUGUCCCACUCCCUCCAGCAGCUGGACAGAAUUGACUCCUUGAGCGAGCAGAUCUCCUUCCUGGAGGAGCGGCUGGAGACGUGUAAGUGCCUGCAAAGAGGAGGGGUGAAGCACUGCACUGUCCCCAUUUUCCCCCCACACAUUCAAACACCACUGACACAGCCUCAGACCUCAGUGCCACAGCUUUGCUCGGGGCUGUUUGUGCCACGCAUCUUGGCUGUAGAGAGCAGAUGCAAGCCAGCAAGAUCAGUAACACAUAUAUCACUAUUAAUCUUGAUCUUCCCUCAAACUCAGCAGCCUGUAAUUAAUAAAAGAUGAAUGCAAACAACCCAUUAGCUUCAUUCCAAAGCUGUCUGUUUGGCUGCACCAUCUGAUUGCGCUCAUAGCAGCCAGAGUAAGAGAGGCACAUGGAAACAGGGCUGUUGGGCAGAAGCAGAGGGAGGCUGCCUUGAGCAGUGGGGCACAUCUCACAGCACUCUCACCAGCUCUCCCCCCUCCCUGUAGCACCGUAACUUAGUCCAGGAUGAAAAGCUCCAAGUCUUAAAAACUUAACAGUGCAAAAAGUCAAUCAGCAAAGUUUAGGGAGCGUGCCCAAGUUGGCAGAUUUAUGAGCCUGGGAAGUUUUAGGCAUGUUUCUUCUUGAAGUCUUUAGAGCAGCACUUUGUCACGCAGUGCACCACAGAGGUGCCUUAAAUAGUAGGCACUGAAUGGCAGCAGCCUCGUGCUAAAGGCACAGGGAUUACGUUGCCUGUUAAGAGGAAGGGACAGGGAGGUUUCAGGGCAUACCCAGUCCCAGUUCACUGCUUGUGCUAAUGGCUUAGGUAUUAAAAACUUCAAAGAGCUUGCUUGAAGCUGCAAAUUGACGCUUAAAGAAAAACUCAGAAAGGGGUAAUUAAGAAAACCUGUAAGUGUCUCAGUGGGCCAGGUUUCCUAGCAUUGCCCUAUGCUUAUUAUUAGUGACAGCACUGAGGAAUGGGAGCAGCAUCACAAGGUAACGUGGAUUUGUUCCAAGGGAUGACUCCAAAGUCCUGUAUUUAGCUUCUGCCAAGCCUGUUCCAGCAGGCAAAACUUGCCUUUGUCCCUCCUAUGUUCUUGGAAGUCCCUGGAGGAUACAAGACUGUUCUGUUGUACUGCAGUGAGUGCAGAGCAUCAGCUGCAGCUGCGGUCAGGACAGCCCAGACCCAGCUGGCAUUCUUUUCAGUGCCUUCCCUGCCUUGAGGUGCUAUGCAUAGGCUUACCAGGCUCAGAGCCAGCAGGAUGGAAUCAGCAGGGGGCUGCUGGGCAAAGGAAAAACAGUAGAGGUAGAUGACAUUUAUAGGUGCCGAGGUCAACCUCAUCUUUCUAGGGGGAAGAGACAGCGAGAUUAUUUAGCUUGUGAAAAGACAGGGGAGUUGGUUACAGCCAGCACAGAGAACCUGCUCUUCUGUGCCCAUUGCUGUGUUGGUUGGAGGUGCCACCACCACACCAAACCCUGACUAACAACAGUGCUGGAUUUUUUACUUUUUUUUUUUUUUA